AUGCCAACGGCUGCAGCCAUUGGCUGGUCGCAUGGUCGCCACGCCUUGGAGUUUGUAAGAUUUGUGGUUUCAGAUAUCAGCAAGGAUGAAGAACAUUGUGAUUGUUAUUUGCACUGCUCUUAUGUUUCUCUCAACAUCAUAUUGUACCAUGGUUACCAUAUUAGCAAUGUUAACAAUGUUCAGCACUCCAUUCCGACUAGAACGCAGGUGACCGUGACGAUAACGAAACCAGAUUCUGGGCACACACAGAGCCGUCUUCGAGUCGUACUUGUCGCAGCCUUUCGCACGGGUUCAACUUUUACUGGACAACUAUUGAACCAGGAUCCAAGAAUGUUUUAUUUGUUUGAACCAUUCAGAGUUGUUUCAGAUAUGAUAAAAAACGGAGACAUUGACAAAAGCUUGGAAAAUUCGACCAAAUUUGAACUGAUAGAAAACAUUUUCAACUGUCGAUUCCCCGCGUAUUUUGUUCACCAUAUUCGAAGAUGGGGGUUAGCUGCACAUGAGAGCAACUCUCUAAAAGGUGUUUGCAAUCAGUAUGGAGGUUGCAAAAACACCACACCCGAGAAAUUGUCGGAAAGCUGUACAAUGUAUGAACAUAUCGGGGUUAAAGUCAUACGCCUGGAAUCUCUGCAAUUGUUAGAACCUUUGGUAAGAUAUGACACGAAUUUGAAAGUUCUACAUCUCGUUCGUGAUCCACGUGGGGUUGUUAGUUCCAGAAAGUAUAUGUACAAGAACGCUAACAACAGGUCCAUCAAUACUAUGGGACAUUUGAGAGCAGAUUUGAAAGCGUAUUGUCAACGCAUGGUAGAAAUGUUAAGGGUUGUCUCUGAUCCGCCAGAGUGGUUAGAAGGCCGGUAUAAGAUUCUCCGUUACGAGGACACAGCAACAGAUCCAAUUAACUCGGUAAAAAGUAUAUAUAAAUUUCUCAAUCUGCCCUUACCCGAGAAUGUCACUGACUGGAUCGAUAAUAACACGAAGGAAGAUCACAAUGUUAAGUCAGUGAUGGGUACAAAAAAGAAUUCAACUGCCGCAGCGCAAUCUUGGCGCAGCAGACUCAUAUACGAUGAUGUUAACAUUGUACAGCAUUUGUCCCCGUGUCUUGAACUUAUGGAUUUGAUGGGAUAUAAAAGAAUGGACAGCCAGAGUCACAUGAGGAAUUUAUCAUAUCGGUCAUUUUAG